AUGUCGUCUAGUGUGGACGCAAUCUGUGAAGAGGGAAGAGUCGGAGUGGUUAAAGGUGCUCUCGAACGACUUGAUCUUCGCCUGCUUUCAAAGUCUGUCCUUGGCAUUCCUCAGGGUCUCCGUGCUGCUUCAGCCGCAACGAUUCCUUGA